UAAACGUCAAAGAUGAAAUGUCAUCAGUCAUGUCAACAUUGUUUUCAAAAUAUUUGUGAAAAUGGCGGAUGAUGCAGCGAGUAGCAGCACCUGUACCGGUAAUUUGGUUGAUAAUUCAAUAAAUCAAGAUGAAUUGAUUAUGAAACAACAGCGCGAAAUUGAAAAAGAGAUUUCAGAAUCGAUUCCUCUCGUAGGUGAGAUUGAACCCCUGUCGUCUUUAGAGAAGGAAUAUAAUGAAGAUCCCAUUUAUUUAUUGAAAGUCAAAGAUUUGUCCGCCAAAUAUAAACAUAUUCGAAGAACUCGACCCGACGGUAACUGUUUUUUCCGGGCAUUCUCUUACGCAUAUCUAGAACAUCUUCUUACAGAUAGACAAGAGUAUGAAAAAUUCUAUGAAAUUGCCAAAAAUUCAAAAGAUAUACUUGUUGCUUUAGGAUUUCCACAAUUUACUGUGGAAGACUUCUAUGAGACUUUUAUGGAAGUUGUCUUAAGAGUUGGUGAUAAGGCUGGUGAUAGUUCUGUUUCAUUAGAUGGAAUUCGUAAUGAGCUUCAUGACAAAUUUAAUAAACAAGGGUAUUCAGAUUAUAUAGUAGUGUAUUUGAGGCUAAUAACUUCUGGUCAGCUUCAAACUCAGCAUGACUUUUAUCAGAAUUUUAUUGAAGGCAUGAGAACAGUUACUGACUUCUGUAGACAGGAGGUAGAACCAAUGUACAAAGAGUCUGACCAUAUUCAUAUCAUAGCACUUAGUAAUGCUUUGAAUGUUUGUGUGAGAGUUAAAUAUAUGGACCGAGGGGAAGGAAGUCAGGUGAUAGCUCAUGACUUCCCUGAAGGUUCAAAGCCCCUUGUUCAUCUGUUGUAUAGACCUGGUCAUUAUGAUAUUCUGUAUGCCUGAUUAAAAAUUUUCAUUUUCAAUAAACUAUGCAACUUU